AUGGCUGAUCAAUGCAUUGUAUGUCUAGAGAAUCUAGACGUGCAGCCCACUCCCGCCGCUGCACCUGGCGCGGCCACCUUGGACUUGCAGCCAAGCGAGUCAGCGCUAUCUGAAGCUGAUAACGUCGCGGUAUCACCACGUCCACAAUCAGCUGCCGGCGGUGCAGCGUACCCAGCUCCCACAAACAACGCCGACGACAGCAGCAUCGCCGAAAUAGAAGUCUGCGGUCACGUCCUCCACGAUGCAUGCUUGCGCGAGUGGACGGGCAAGGCAAACAGCUGCCCGAUUUGCCGCCAAUCCUUCAACUCUGUGAACGUAUACGACAAAGUCGGAGGGACCAAGCUCUCGACGUAUACUGUCCAAGACAAGAAGCAGGUUGCCGAGUUCGAUGCGCAAGCCUGGUUGGACGAAAACCCCGAGGAGGCAGAACCGUCCAGACCCUGCAUCAUCUGCCAGAAUCCCGAGCACGAAGAACUCACCCUCCUGUGCGAUGGCUGCGACGCGCCCUAUCACACAUACUGCGUCGGCCUGGAAUGCGUACCCCGCGGCCACUGGCUGUGCAUGGAGUGCAACGCCCAGUACCGGGCCGUCCUCGAGGAAGAGCUCGAAGAGUGGGAAGACCGCAGCAAUGCUGCUGGCCGGUCGGACUACCUGCCUCGCACGCAGGCGACCAUGCGCCGUGCACGUCGACGAGCACGCUCCGACGAGUGGCAGGGUGCUUGGGGCCAGAUUGCCAGCCAUGUGUUCGACAUCCUCGAUCUCGACCUUGACAACCACGACGACGACGAAGCGCUUCACAACUACCGAAGGGCCCAGCGGCGCCGUGAAAGAGAACGUCAGGAAUAUCAGAGAUGGCAGCAGCGGCUCAGUAUUGCAAAUCGCCUGGGCGCUGGCGCGUCUUUCGCCGCCAACAUCGCCCGAGGUCUCCCCCAGCGCACCCAGCCGCAGCAACCGCCGCCACCUCCUCCGGAGACCGCUGAGGAGAAACAGGCGUGGGGUGAUCUCGAGCGGGCGAUGGAGGUCAGCAGCAGCAGCACUAGCAGCACCAACAACGCUGCCAGUGCAAACAACACCACCCCUAAUACCCGCAAGCGGAAAUCGCGCUCUGCCACUGCAUCCCCAAGAGAGCCACCCCAGCAGCCGGAACGGCGACUGAAACGACCUCGCACUCGCCGCAUGCCUCAAUCAGGCGAGCCCUCGUCAUCGCGGCAAAAUGGAGAGCCCUCGUCUGCAAUGCAAAAUGGAGGAGGCCCGUCAAACGGCCUUGGCGCACCCUCGUUCCUGUCUUCGUUGCUAAAGGAGGUGGAAGCGAACACUCCGUCCGAUGAUGAGAACGUACGCGUGCUCUUGGGCACCACCGCUCGGCCCACCGUCGAUGCCUCCUCGCCCGCAACGUCGCCCUCGCCGUCGGGGCCCAGCAGUCCCCGUGCCCUCUCUGCUACGCCGCCCCCUCGUGGCAUAACUGACCGGCCUGGGUCACCUCUUGCAUUAUCUACACACAUUGAGCCGGUCUAUUUCUCGCCGGCAGGUUUCUCUCCCACCCGUGCCCGUAACGGCAGCGACCAGAGCGGAAGCGACUCCGAGUCCACCGCGCAACGUCAACGCCACCGCCGCCAGAAUGGCUCCACGAGCCAUUCCGGCAUUCGACACCCUCAGCCUCGCCGACACACCCCGGUGCACAUCAACACAGACAUUGGGCACGAUGUCCGCUCGCCCGAGUCGUCGCCCACCCGUGAAUCUCUCUCCUUGAAGGCCAAGGAGAGCAUCACUGCCAUCAUCAAGGCAGCCCUCAAACCGCAUUACAAAUCAGGCAGCAUCAAUGCCGACCAGUACACCAUCAUCAACCGCGACCUAUCCCGCAAACUCUACAAGGAGGUGCCGGAAGAAACUCUCAGCGAUGAGACACGCCGCCACUACGAAAAGAUGGCUACCAAGGAGGUGGCUCGAGCUAUUUCCGAGUUGAAAGAGAUACGGGUCUGA